AUGCCGCGCGUCGUCCCGGACCAGCGGAGCAAGUUCGAGAACGAGGAGUUCUUCAGGAAGCUGAGCCGGGAGUGCGAGAUUAAAUAUACUGGCUUCAGGGAUAGACCGCAUGAAGAAAGACAGGCCAGGUUUCAGAAUGCAUGCCGGGAUGGACGAUCUGAGAUAGCUUUUGUGGCCACAGGAACCAAUCUGUCUCUCCAGUUUUUUCCGGCCAGCUGGCAGGGGGAGCAGCGGCAAACACCAACCCGAGAAUAUGUUGACUUUGAAAGAGAGGGAGGCAAGCAGGAAGACGCAUUAGCACAGCAGGCUUUCGAAGAAGCCCGGAGAAGAACUCGGGAAUUUGAAGACAGAGACAGGUCCCAUCGAGAGGAAAUGGAGGUGAGAGUCUCACAGCUGCUGUCAGUUACUGGCAAGAAGACAACAAGACCCUAGUCCUGGAUCAAACCUGGGAAGUGGCGAUGAUCUCAAAUUGCGUUGAGAAGCAGUGCUGUGCUUUUUAAACUUGGCAAAUUAUGGAAUUAAAAGACCAGAAACUGUGAUGACUGGAUAUAUAUAUAUAAGGAUAUAUAACCUUUUCCCUGAUCUGCGGCAGCCAAACUAUCAUGUCCUGCCAUGGUUUGCACUAUGUUUGCGUUGCAUUACCUGUAUUUCUGUUCUUUAAGCAUGUCGCCAAUGGGAAUUUGAGAUUCUUGUUUUUCUAUGCAAGCUUAUGAUUUCUUGGCACUAUUUUAGCAGAGAGAGAAUUUUACGCAGCCAUAAAAAUGUUCCUCAGCCGACACGUGUUCAUUUCAGGAUGGGUCCAAAUAAAUUUUUGUGAGUUCUUAAGAAACCAAAACUUUCUAAGCUAAUUUUAUAUGAGACGUUGGAAGUUUGUCGUAGUGUUCUUGCUUUUGACACACACUCUUUGUGGUUGUCUCUUUUUGCACUUUUUUAUCAACUUGCAAAAGACUUUUACCCUUUUACAUUAUGCAGCCUGAACCAAGUAACACGAGUGUUGUCUAUUGAUUUACUGAAUUACAUGGUUUUAUUUUCAAAAGUACCGUGGUGUCCUGUUAUUUUAGUUUACAUUUCCAGUGGCAAAAUGUUUAAAGGAAUCUUAACUUGUCAGCACAUUCUGCUGUAAAUUGAAUUCUGAAAUUGUUCUUCUGAAACUUAAUUUUUCUCUAACUGAAAUCGAGACAUUGAAAUAAUGGUUCAGCGUGCGCAAAAUCUCAUACCGGUUACAAGAUUCCUUUGUUUGUGUGUAUGUGUGCUUACUUCGCAUUGAUUCAGUAUUUUCCAAUAGGGUUAAGAUUUUGGGUAACAUUAAUCAAUAUUCACCUCGCUCUGUUUGUUUUCUUCCAUUUAUUAUUCAAGAAGUAUUCUGUGCUUUGUGUUGCCUCUAGUAGUUUUGCUCUGAUUAUCUAAGCAAUCCACUUGAAAUACCUGCCUGCAAUAUUCAUUUAGAUGUUUAGAGUGAGCAGAUAACGGUCAAUCGGCAAAAGAGUGGAUACUCCUUUUAGGUUGAAUCACAGUUAUCUGAAUUUUCAGGUUUUUUUCAGUUUUAAAAUAGUCUGCCAUCCCUGUAAAACCCAAGGCAAGAGGCAAAAUGCCAGGGCAGGAUUCGGUCUGCCCUAUAUUUUGCAAAAUUAACAUAGCUCCUUGGUCUUCCACUAUUUUUAGUCAACAAAUAAAGGGCUUGUUUGUUGAUAAUUGGGUAAUGCAACAGUUGACCGUCAAACACCGCCAAGGACUUUAGCGUGAGGAUGAGUGGGCAAGAAGGUGGCUAGCCAAGAUGAGCACUGGCAGCAAACCAGGAAUGUGAGGUUUUCCUACUUCAGGUCUCCAGGCUUUUUAAAAAUUGACACGGCACCAUUCCAAAUCAUAUAUGUUGGUGUGGCAGAUGAAAGCGAUGAACAGCUAUGGGUUAAACAAACCAGUAAGCCAGCAUACGAAUACCACUCUUACUGGGGAAGGUCAAGGAGAGACCUUAAAGCUGGUAAUUAAGGCUACAGAUCAUUUGAACCUCAGGAUUUUAAACUUCUGCAUACUAGCUUUGAGGAUGUAAUAAUGGUAUAACUGCAAUCAUCUCAUCUAAUUGUCUCCUACCAGUUAUUUUUUGCAUUUAUAUUUCUACUGUUUUGUAUAUACUCCUCUUCCCCAAAAUAUUCUACUGAUCCAAGUAGAAUAACUCUGAUGCAUUAUUUUUUUAAUAAUGGGAGCUGAAUUAGAAACAACUACGGAUUUAUGUUAAUAGCUGUUGAAAUUUCCCAUAUGUGACAACCCUGGAUUUUAUCUUUACUGUAACGGUUGAUUGUUGGUACUAUUCUCAGACAGAUCUCUAAACAGAGUUAUCACUGUCACACUUCAUUUUAUUAAUUUUGAUACUCUUUUUUUUCAGUGUAUUUUUUAAAAAUUUUCCUUAAGAAAUAAUGCUUCAAAGAAUUUCUAGCUGCUGUUAUCAUCCAUAAUGUUCUGUUCCCUUUUACUCGCAAAUAGCAUGAUGUUAUCCGGUUGUUUCCAAUAUGAUUUGAGGGAGGGAAAAAAACCUUAAGUAUGCAAACUAUAUUAUUGCGUAUUGACCUUUGCGUGUAAAUAUUUUUAUCCUAUUCCUUAAAACUAUGCUACUUAUGGUCAAUUCCAUUGAUCACAGCUUGGUUUUAAUAAGGUGGGAUGCAAAGGGGCUUUGCCCAUAUUUUCAGGCAGUUCACAGUAGAAUCAAUUAAAUCAAAAUUGAUUUAAAACCCAAAAUUGAUCAUAGUUUUCAAUUUCCAAUUAUUUAGAGAAUAAUGCGGAAUAUGAAAGACAUCACAAUUUUGCAAUCUAGUUUCCCCUUGACCGGAAGUUCAUUUUUUGGUUUGGAUUACACAUGAAACUAUGGUUAAUUAGAAAUUUCCUGAUUUAAUGGCUUGCGAUGCAAGAUAUGAUUGUCAGAAGAGGCCACUAUAUCUUAAUGCUGGCAUUAAGAUCAACAAGUGUUUUCCUUCACUAUUUAGUGCAAACCUGUUCAACUUAAACAUUAAGUUAUUGAUGCAAUUUGAUAUUUUCAUAAUUUCUAUUUAAACAGAAGUUGCAUCAUCUUCAUAGAACAUCUUUUAAGAAGUUGCCUUAAAGCAUCAACGUUGCUUUUGCUGUCUUUUUUUCUCUGUCAUGUUCAUAAUAAACUUCUGUAUAGUGA